AUGGCCUACGCUGCUAGCCAAUUCGCUAGCCUUCCAGAGAUGUUGAGCGACCUUUCUCACUUCGUCGUCAACCGGCAGCUCCUGUAUAACCUCUGCUUGGUCAAUAAAACCUUCAAUUCUGCUUUCACUCCUCGACUGUACGAGGAAAUAUGGUUUCGCCCGAACAAUGCGUUUUUAUUGUUCCACGGUUCGCUUUUGGAUAACAAAGCCCUGCUAUACACCCGAAAGAUAGGUCUUGCUGUUCGACUGAAUUUUCCGCCAGAACGUGGUGAUGGCCACCUCAUGACAGUUGUCUGUGGCCAUUAUAAUCAAGGCAUGCGAGAUCUCUUGCCAAAAAUGCCUCAAUUGAGUGAAUUCCGCGCGACCAAGGUUGAUCAAAGUGCUGCUCAGCUCACCUGGCUUACGCACUUUGGCUCUCUCGAUAAGUAUCCUACUCUCGAACGCUUAGGAAGUGAAGCUGUUGACUGCACAGAGCAGUACCUUGGGUUCUGGGAGCAAACAUGCCUAGAUUACGUGGAGGCAGGUGGUACACCGCUCCAGCUCAAAAAGCUUGUGCUAGGCCGAAGUAUGAUACUUCGGAAGCCAGGAACGUACCUUGAAGGUCUAACAGACCUCACGUACUUAGAGGACGUGUAUAUUCAUAAUAAGUAUUCUUUCACGCCGUUGGGCACGAUAAUGAACGACGAGAAUGUAGCAUGGUCCAUCCUAACUCCGAGCCAUUGUCCUAAGCUGAGUAAGUUCGAGGUUACAAACUUUAGCGAAAGCGAAAAGAAAUGGGCACAAGACUUAGACAAAAGUCAAAUAAGGCAGCUUGCUACCAGGUAUGGCUUGAUUAAAGAUUUGGCUUGCCUGAUAUCGAAUAAAGUAGACAACCGGAGAGAGCCUCAGCCCAAGCUAAAGUCAUUAACGACAGGAAUAAAUCCUAUUUACGGCUCUUCGCAUGACGGAGAUGAUCUGAACGCUAGGAAGUUGCAGAAUUUACAAGCACUUUCAGCAUUCGCUAGUUGUGAUACGCCAGAGAGACAAUCUAAAACCCUCGAAAGGAUCAAAGGAGCAACACAACUUGAACAGCUUCAUCUAUAUGGUUGUCGGGUUCAACAUGAAGAACACAUGCCGGUUUAUGGCAGCUUUGGGUAUGAGAUAGCCCUCCGGUGCACAAAAUUACGAUAUUUGCGGCUGGAUAACGUCGCUUGGCGCAUUACGAGAUACGGAAAUGGCACUGAUGGGUUGAAAUUGCGGUUCGAGAGGUUGGAUGGAUUUGAGAUGAGAGCUAUAGAGUGUUUUCAGCCGAGAGGUAUAUUCGAUAAUUACUGGGACCGAAGAUGA